AUACCGGUUGUUGUUAUUGUUUGUUAUUUUGAAAAUGCAGCAGCUGCGAAUCGCCGUGAUCCGUGGCCUGGCUGGAAGGAUUCACCUCCAAUCUAGGAGUGCCCACGCUGCCAAUGCCGAGAUCUACGAUGUGGUCGUCAUCGGAGGCGGGCAUGCCGGAACAGAGGCCUCGGCGGCAGCCGCUCGCAUGGGAUCCCGCACCCUGCUGCUCACCCACAAGCUGGAGACCAUUGGCGAGAUGUCGUGCAAUCCCUCGUUCGGCGGCAUUGGCAAGGGCCACCUGAUGCGCGAAGUGGACGCCCUGGAUGGCGUUUGUGCCCGCUGCUGCGAUGUGUCGGGAGUUCACUACAAGGUGCUAAACAGGCGGCGCGGACCGGCGGUCUGGGGACCCAGAGCGCAGAUCGAUCGCCAGCUGUACAAGAAGGCUGUGCAGCGGGAACUGCAUAGUACUCCAAACCUGGAGAUCCGAGCAGCUGCCGUGGACAAUCUUCUGAUCGAGGAUGAACAGGAUACCCAAAUUCGACGUUGUGCCGGAGUCCUGUUGGCCAACGGCGAGGUGGUGCGCAGUCGAUCCGUGGUGCUCACCACGGGCACGUUCCUCAGGGCGCACAUAAAUAUCGGACUGGAGGUUCGUCCAGCUGGGCGGAUUGGUGAUGCUCCUGCCAAAGCUCUGGGCGAAGCCAUCGACAGAUUGGGCUUUCGCAUGGGAAGGCUGAAAACUGGAACUCCUCCUAGGAUAGCAAAAAGCAGUGUGGACUACUCUCAGCUCCAAAGACACGACGGUGAUAAUCCGCCUAUGUCUUUCUCCUUCCUUAACAAAGAAGUGUGGAUUCCGACUAAAGAUCAGCUACCCUGCUAUCUCACAUACACGACACCAAAGGUCAGCGACAUUGUCCGCAACAAUCUUCAUGUGAAUCGCCAUGUUACCGAGGAGAUAACAGGCCCACGUUACUGUCCUUCGAUUGAGUCAAAAAUCCUGCGAUUCGGCGCCAAGGUUCAUCAGGUCUGGUUGGAGCCAGAAGGACUGGACAGUCCUUUGGUGUACCCACAGGGAAUUUCCUGCACGCUGCCCCACGACCAGCAAGUGGAGCUCGUUCAUGCCAUACAGGGUCUGGAGAAGGCGGAAGUGGUUCAACCCGGAUACGGAGUGGAGUACGACUUCAUAGAUCCCCGCGAGCUGUACCCCACGCUGGAAACGAAGCGAGUGCCAGGACUCUUCUUCGCUGGACAGAUAAAUGGAACCACGGGAUACGAAGAGGCAGCUGCCCAGGGAAUCAUAGCUGGGGCUAAUGCAGCUGGCAAAACCCGCCACAGUGACGGAAGGCAAUUAACUAUUAGUCGAACUGAAGGAUACAUUGGCGUGCUGAUCGAUGACCUCACAUCUUUGGGAACCAACGAGCCCUACCGCAUGUUCACGAGCCGAGCAGAGUUCCGUUUGUCGCUUCGGCCGGACAACGCUGACAUGCGACUUACCCAAAAAGGCUACGAGUUUGGUCUAGUAUCCCCACAUCGCUAUAAGCAUUUCCAGCAAACCGAGGAGAGAUUACUAUCGGCCAUUAAGACCUUGAGGGGAUUACAAAAACACACCCACUAUUGGAGACAGGCUCUGGACUUGCCCAAAGCCAAGGCGUCGGUGGAGAAAACUGCCUUCGAUAUGCUUGGCAUUCCAGCGGACAACAUCACAGUGGAUCAGUUAAUCCAGCUUCAUCCCAACGAACUAAGUUGGCUGAGCGGCGAGCGAAACUUGGCCGAAAGGCUGAAAAUCGAGGCGCUGUACUCGUUUUUUGUCGAUGAACAGCAACGGGAUGUGGAGGAUGUGCGUCGUGAGGAGCGCCUAUCUAUUCCUGCCGACAUUGAUUACUUCUCCAAGUCUCUGAGCUUGUCCAACGAGGAAAGACAGAAGCUGACGCUCAUUCAACCGCAGACUAUUGCAGCAGCUAGUAGAAUUCAAGGGGUAACUCCUUCGACAAUUGUUAGGAUACUGAAGUAUGUUAAGAAAGCCGAGGUGGCAAAAGCGUAGUAAAGAUUAUAUAUAGUUUGUAAAUAUAGAAUCUUCUAAAAUA